AGUUCGGUGUGAAAAAUUAAACUGUUCGUACUGUUUUAAGACGAAGCGGUGUUCUAAAUUUUUACUGAGGAAAAGAUAGAAUAGAGAGUAAUCAAAAGAAAUAGAGGAAAAGGGAAAAGGAUAUUUAAAUAAAUUCUGAGAGUUAAAGAAAAGCUUGCGAAAAUUUACCCUAGGAAAGGGAAGGAGAAUUUGUAGCUUUCGGUAUAAUUUUCUUGUGAGAUUAAAAAGAUGGCGUCAAAUCUGGAAAAUUCUCAACGAAAACUUAGGGCUCUGUCUUGUCCACGUCCGAAACAUUCAGGAUUGAUUGUUGUUACUGCACGAUCUCAGCUUGAGUCAGGAUUUCCAAAAAAUCAAUCAAAUCCAAUACCACAAAACAUUCAGCCACAAAAUAUUCGUCACCAAAACGCAUCAAAUAUUAAUAGUCGACCUAUCGAACGAAACGUUCAGCAAGCCCCUAAUUACCAGACACAACCAGCACCGCCUUCUCAACAAGCUUUUCAACAACAACAACAACAAGCUGCUUAUCGAUUGCCGUCUGCUGGCCAAACAAACUUCCAGCAAAAUCCCCAGCAAGGGCAGCCUGUCAUUAGGCCACCAGUAAAUGCUGGUGUUCGUCAACCAAUUAACCCCAAUCAACAACAACCACCAAUUCGGAAUAUUCCACCUAAUAUUAACCAGCAGAUACGACAACCGAUAAAUCAAAAUCAACAGCCUCAGUUUAGGCAACCACAACCCCAACAACAACAGCAACUCCAUCAACAACAAUUUCAAAGACCACCGAAUUUUCCCCCUAAUCAGGGGUUGGGAGAUAAUCAACAGUUCCGUCCUCAACAACAGCCGACUAAUUUACAAAAGCAAGCGAUUCCAGAUCAGAAAUUUAUUAGGAAUCCUCCACCCACACAAAAUCCGAGUAUGAUGUCAGAGAAAAUUCGUGAAAGAACUUUUACAACAAGCAACGAACAUUCGAUGGACGAUGACGAUGAUGUGGUUGUUGGUCGCGGGGUAACACCACAAACCAAGCCCUUAGUGAAUUCGAAGCCAUCUGAAAAUUACGAUGUGCAACAGCAGCAAGCACAGCGUCAGAUGAGUGUUGCAAAAGAAAACAUUUCACCAGCUGAGAAAAAUGGACAUUCACCAAUUUCACCUUUAAAGUCACCGUCAAAGAUUCCAAGCUAUCAACCACGUCCAGCAAGUAUUACACCCAAGACAAGAUCUAGAAGCACAUCUAAGCAACGACUGUCGCUCAGAAUCAGUCCCGAAACCGAACAGCCCGAACCUCUUAUCAAAAGUGGAGGCAACGUAAAAAUUGAAUCAAAGAAGUUGGAAAUCAAAGCAGCACCUAGAAUCGAAGCGAAGAACGACGCAUAUGUUCCACGAGGUGGUGACAAGAAGAUUUUAAGUCAGAAGCUUCAAUGGAAUGCUAAAUCGAAGAUUGGUUCAUUGGAAAAUGCAAGUCACAAGCCUGGUGGUGGUGAUAAAAGAAUACUUGAAGUUAAAACAGAUUUCAAAGAGAAAGCAAAACCAAAAGUGGGAUCAAAAGACAACAUGACUUAUCAACCUGGUGGGGGUGAUGUUAAGGCACGUGAAGAGCGACCUAAACCAGCUAUAAUCAGUCAGAAGUUGGAAGUCAAAGGCGAAUCAAAAAUUGGAUCUUUGGAUAACGUUAAGCAUAGACCAGGUGGUGGAGACAAGAAAAUUUUUGACGAUAAGGAAUAUUUGAAGAAUGUUGAUCAUCCGGUUCCGAUUUCGCCACCCACGCAGACCUCACUUCAAUCUGGCGAUCCAUCCACUGAUAACUUAGCUGAUAAAGAUUUAGUUCAUUUUUAAGUAAAUCAGUAAAAAUUUGAUUUUUAUUUUACUUUUUGCAAAUCAAAAUUUUCUCAAUUUGUUGGCUUGAAAAUAAAAACAAUUUUGAUAGUGAAGUCAUGUGCUAUUUAAUCAAAUGACAAAAACAAAAGAGAUAAAAACAAACCUUGCAUAAUCUUUAAACUUUGAAUUAAAUAUUAUAUGCACAUAAGUAAGAGGGAAACAUUUACUGCUAUAAUCAAGACAUGGAGAAUUAUUAAAAAAUGAUUAAAAAUGAAUUUCAAAAAAAAAUUGCAUGAAUGAAACGUAAAUUUGUAUUAAUUGAAGGAUAAGGAAAAAAUAUUCGAAAUAGGUUUUUGAAUCGGUGAAUAGCGAAUUAACGUAAAGCAUUCCAUUAAGAGGCGCGAACGAACGAAAGAUGAUUUUUACAAAUGAACAAUUGAAUGUUGCAAACACUUGGAUUUAUGAUAGAUAAUAUUUAACAUAAAACAUGAAAAAUAAUCGAAAAUAGAUAUUCGAAUCAUGAAACAAACUUUAUAGGCAAACAUUUAAUUUAAAAUGAACUUCUUUCCAAUUGCAAUUUUUGAUUCAAUAAUUGAUUAAAAUUUUAUUCGUGUGGUUUUGAAGAAAAAAGUUUCAAAUUUUAUUAAAUUCUCCACUUAAGUGAAUUCAAAACUUAAAACACCGAAACACUUUUGCAAUGAAAACAUAUAAAAUAUUAAAUGGAGUAAAUUCAAAGAAGAUUGUUAGGUUUCAUGUAUUAUGAUUGCUUAUCAAAUAAUUGUUAUUGAGUGUGUUGAUAAUUUUCUCUUUUAUUUUAUAAAUGAAAUCAUUGAUUUCACACAGAUCCAAAUCAGUGUUCGUUAUUUUUUUAAAGAAAACUUUUAUUAUUGUUUUCGUUUUUGCUGAUUGUAUUAAAAAUGAUAAGAAUAUUCAUUCUUCACACAAAAAGAAAUAAAAAUAAACAAGAAGGAAAAUUUCUAUAAACUUGAAUGUCACACAAAUAAAAAGUAAAGUUGAAGAGACCAAAAUGAGUAGUUUUUGUUUUAGUUUUUAAGAACGUUGAUUUAUUGUAGAAUUUUGCAGUAUUUUUGAAGACAUUAAAAGGCUCAACUCUUGAUAGUGUCACGAAGUAUCAUUUUUGUGGUUCGUUUUCUUAGUUUAAUGUCAAAUCAGAAGCU